AUGGCCACAGCGUGUCAGGAAAAGCACGGAGAAAUUAUAUUUUUGGAGGAAGUUAGCGAUGCUUUUGAAAAACAUCAUGAAUUUGAUGGGAAAAUUCUGGCUAAUAAUGUUAAACCUAACAGCAAGGAUAUUUUUACAUAUGCUAAAGGUAAGCAGAAUCUUGAUGAGGAUUGGGCCAUAUUAACGGAUGCUGAUGAUUCUGAGCACACUAAGGGAGUUAUUGAAAUCCUGAACCAGGCAGAUAUUAAUACUUUUGUGAAUGAUCCUCAAACUUUACUAAAAUGUGUCACUAUUGUAUCGGAAUUUCUGGAGAUGUCAUCACUGAAAACAGUCAACCCCACUUUACACUCAGUAAUGGACACAUUGUUGCUCCCAGGAAUCCAGAAUGAAGAUCCAGCAGUAAGAAAUCAGGCAGUAAAAGCACUCGGGCUGUGUUGUCUCUUAAAUCGGGAUGUAGCUUGUCAACACCUCUUGUUGUUCAUGCAGAUUUCCCAAGUUGACCAAGAAACUAUUCAGGUCACUGCAUUAAAGGCUAUUUUAGACCUUCUCCUUGUGUUUGGGUUGGAUGCUUUUAAAGUAGAAGGAAUUUCAAAUGAGACAACUGAGAGAAUUGAAGAGGUGUCAGAGACACCAUCUAAAGGAUCUGAGGAAAGUAUCGUAGAGUCUCAAGAAAACCAACGAGCUACCUCAAAUAUAAUGGCAAUUGUAGCUGCCCAUCUAGAUAGUGAGUCUAGAGAAGUCAGAACUUUGGCAGCUGAAGGAAUUGGUAAACUGCUGCUCCUUGGACAUGUUUACUCCCCACGCCUUCUCUCUCAUUUAUUGCUUCUGUGGUAUAAUCCAGCUACUGAAAAUGAUAUACAACUACGCCAUUUCCUUGGAGUAUUUUUGCCAGCUUUUGCUUCAGCAGCACAGUCCAGUCAGGAGUGUUUGGAAGAAGCCUUUAUGCCUACUUUACGUACCUUGUUUGAUGCUCCUGCAUCCAGUCCAUUGGCAGACGUAGAUGAAGCAAAUCUUGCUCGCUUUAUUAUUCAGUUGACCAACCCAUCACUGAUAUCAUCAGAAUCUAAAAACUAUGGGGAAAGUUCUGUACACGAUAGACUAGCUGAACAGUUGUGCAAUGAAAUUCUUAGAGAUCGAGAAUCAUUCAAUGUACGAGUACUAGCUAAAUCUCUUACCUACCUAGAGCUUUCAUGCAACUCUUACUCGACACUAAAAAACUUAGCUGUCCUCACAGAAAAAAUUACAGAGAAAAUUAAAGACAGAACUUCUCUAAAGCUGAUUGAGAAGUUUCAAGACACAGUGUUACAAUUGUUAGCUAAGGCCAAAGAAAAUGACCCCCAAGCCAGCCAAGAGUCAUCAUUUGUCGAACCUACUCCUCCAGAAAUACCCGAUAUUGUAGUUGAAGAAUCCCAAACCAGCACAACUGGCAUUGAAAGUGAUGAGGCACAGAUUGAAGAAUCUACUUCACAAGAGUUCUUUAAUGAUACUAUAAGAACCCUGAAAACAAGAAAGAAAGUUGAAAAAUCUGUUGUUCUUCGGACUGGUUCAAAAAGUGUGGACAUAUCCCUAACACCUCGAACUGCAUGCCUCACCACUACAGAAGGUAAGAUUGCUCUGAAAUGUUCUGUUAUGUGUAGAAAGUUGACAAAGAAAAGCAAUAAUACCUUUAUAGUUAAAGAAUUGAGUGGAUUUUCCAAAGAAGUAAUAUUCAACAUUAAGGAUGUCAUGUUGUGUAUUAAAGCAGUUUUAUAA